GCUGACUCCUGGCCCAGCUCAGCUUGGAAUCUGCAUUGGAGGAUUUGGGGAGGUGAUCUGGAGGUCCAGGAGGUGCCAGGCAGGUCUGGGUGUGAGCUCCCAGGAAGUUACCACACAGGUGAGGCAGCUGCCUGUACUGGAGGAGGAGUGGGACUUCUGGUGCAGCCUCUUACCAGCACCGUGGGCGACUUACCACCUUGGAGCAUUGGUGUCCUGUCUGUAAAACAGAGACAGUGAUGGGUCCUACCCCUUGGGGUGUUGUGAGGCUUGGAGAGAGAUCUUUAAGGACCAUAAGGGGUUGGCACAGAAGAAGUGUUCAAUAAAAGGUGGCUUUGAUUCAUGUGUGCUGAGACUCCCUCUUGAAGUUGCCUUCUGUGGUCUGGUGAGGGCUGGAAGGUUCAGGUAAACAUUUCAAGGUGACCCUGAUUGGGGGUGAGGCCUGGGUCCAGGCUUGGGACUGAGGACCUCUGCUGCCAACUCCCAUGAUAGCCACUGCAGCCCCUCUCAGGGCAAGCGGGUCUCAUUUUAACUGUGGUGCAGACCUCCCUGUCUCGGCCUCUAAAGCUGUGCCUAGCUUUGCUCUGGCCUUGUUUGCUCUCCUCCACCUCCAGGGAAGCUGGUGGGGUCUGGUGCCGAGGGUCACCCCUGUUUCUUCCACAACAAGCAUAGGUAGGAGGGGACAGAAACCCCUGCCCAUCCCCGCCUCAGGGUCUCCACACACUCAGACUCCCUCCCUCCCUGCAGCAACCCAGACCUGGAAGAGCCCCUUUCCCGGAGAGCCACUCAGAGGCCUCAUCAUCCUAGCCACCCAGCGCCGAGGGUGGAGGCAGCCAGGCACGGGGCUUGGGAGGGCUCUUUCGUGAAACAAACCUCGCCCCUGCCAGGCGGUGAUGGACCUGGGGCACCCGCUUCACAUUAGCCAAGUGCUUCAGUCAGAGCUGGGCAUUCCUGUCCUACAGGCACCGGAGGUUGUGAAAGACCCUGUGACAGGGGACAAGGCUUAUCCACUUGGUGCUGCCCUGGGUCCACUCCCUGCUUUCCAGAUGUCAGUGGCCCUUCUAGGUCCAGGCACAAGAGCAGGGUUGGGUGGGGUAGGUGCUGAUGGUAACGCCUAGAGGGAAUGGGUCUUCAUGGGUGGUAGGCCCCCAUUACAGGGGCCAUGUAGGUUUAAGGUUCCUCAUUUCCUUGACAGGUGGCUUGUCCUGGAGUGAGUGUGAGGCUUGGGUGGAGCGGAGGCGGUUGGGAGGGACCAGGGAGGAGCUUGGGGCCAACUGGCACAUUGUUGGCUCUGCGUUAAAAAGCCCACAGUCUUCGGUCCUGCGCCCACUGCCUGUCAUUUGUGGCUCUUGAGGACUGUCUGUCUCAUGGCUCUGGCAAAGGUGCCUGGGACCUGCCUGCUCACCAUUCGUGUCUUGCAGGCCUGUGGCCUGCCCUCGAAGGACCUAGUAACCCCCUCUGACUGCUAUGUGAGUCUCUGGCUGCCCACGGCCUCUAGCCAUAGGCUGCAGACACGCACGGUCAAGAACAGCAGAAACCCCAUCUGGAAUCAGAGCUUUCGCUUUCGAAUCCACAGCCAGCUCAAGAAUGUGGUGCAGCUGCAAGUCUUUGACCAGGACCUUCUGACCAAUGAUGACCCCGUGUUGUCGGUGCUAUUUGACGUGGGGACUUUGCGAGCUGGGGAGUUCCGCAGAGAGAGCUUCUCACUGAGCGCUCAGGGUGAGGAGCGGCUAGAAGUUGAAUUUCGGCUACAGAGACUGACAGACUGUGCUGAGCAGCUUGUCACCAAUGGCAUUCUGGUGGCCCGGGAGCUCUCUUGCUUGCAUGUUCGACUGGAGGAGGCAGGGGACCGGAAGGAGUCCGGGGGAAGAGUUCAGCUCAUGGUUCCUGGGUCCUGUGAGGGUCCGCAGGAGGCCGCUGUGGGUGCUGGCUCCUUCUGCUUCCAUUGCCCGGCCUGCUGGGAGCAGGAGCUGGAUAUUCAUCUGCAGGAUACCCCCCAAGAGCACCUGAAGGUGCCCCUGAGGGCCUUGCCCUCUGGGCAGGUGGUGAGGCUUGUCUUCCCUACGUCCCAGGAACCCCUGAUGAGGGUGGAGCUGAGAAAAGAAGACGGACCCAGGGAGCUGGCUGUGCGGCUAGGCUGCGGGCCCUGUGCCGAGGAGCAGGCCUUUCUGAGCAAGAGGAAGCAGGUGGUGGCCAAGGCCCUGAAGCAGGUCCUGCAACUAGAUGAAGACUUACAGGAAGAUGAGAUCCCCGUGGUAGCUGUUAUGGCCACUGGUGGUGGGAUCCGGGCGAUGGUUUCCCUGUAUGGGCAUCUGGCUGGCCUGAAGGAGCUGGGUCUCUUGGAUUGCAUCUCCUACAUCACAGGGGCCUCUGGCUCUACCUGGGCUUUGGCCAACCUCUACGAGGACCCAGAAUGGUCUCAGAAGGACCUGGCAGGGCCCACCGAGUCACUGAAAACACAGGUGACCAAGAGCAAGUUGGGCGUGCUUGCUCCCAGCCAGCUGCAGCAGUACCGGCAGGAACUGGCCGAGCGUGCCCGCCUGGGCCACCCGCCCUGCUUCACCAACCUGUGGGCCCUCAUUAGUGAGGCCCUGCUGCACGAUGAGCCCCAUGACCAUACUCUCUCAGACCAGAGAGAGGCCCUGAGUCAAGGCCAGAACCCUCUGCCCAUUUACUGUGCCCUUAACACCAAGGAGAAGAACCUGACCACCUUUGAAUUUGCUGAGUGGUGUGAGUUCUCCCCCUAUGAAGUUGGCUUUCCCAAGUACGGUGCCUUCAUCCCCUCCGAGCUCUUUGGCUCUGAGUUCUUCAUGGGGUGCCUGACCAAGCGGCUUCCUGAGUCCCGAAUCUGCUUCCUGAAAGGUAUCUGGAGCAAUCUGUAUGCAGCCAGCCUCCAGGACAGCUUAUACUGGGCCUCAGAGCCCAGCCAGUUCUGGGACCGCUGGGCACAGGAUCAGGCCAAUUUGGACAAGGAGCAGGUUCCUCUCCUGAAGAUAGAAGAGCCUCCCACGGGGACCGGCAAGAUUGUUGAGUUUUUUACUGACCUUCUGACACGGCGCCCACUGGCCCAGGCCACACAUAAUUUCCUGCGUGGUCUUCAGUUCCACAAAGACUAUUUCCAACAGCCUUACUUCUCCACCUGGAAAGCCACCAAACUGGAUGGGCACCCCAACCAGCUGACACCUGCAGAGCCCCAUCUUUGCCUGCUGGAUGUUGGCUACCUUAUCAACACCAGUUUCCCACCCCUUCUGCGGCCCACACGGGAUGUGGACCUCAUCCUGUCACUGGAUUACAACCUCCAAGGAGCCUUUCAGCAACUGCAGCUCCUGGGCCGGCUCUGUCAGGAGCAGGGCAUCCCUUUCCCGCCCAUCUCCCCCAGCCCAGAGGAGCAGCGCCAGCCUCCGGAGUGCUGCUUGUUUUCUGAUCCAGACCGCCCUGAUGCCCCAGUGGUGCUGCACUUCCCUCUGGUGGAUGCCUCCUUCCGGGAGUACUCGGCCCCUGGCAUCCAACGGACACCUGAGGAGAAGGGGGCCGGAGAGGUGAACCUGUCUUCAUCCAACUCUCCCUACCACUACUCGAAAUUGACCUACAGCCCAGAGGACAUGGACAAGCUGCUCCACCUGACACAUUACAACAUCUGCAACAACCAGGAGCAGCUGCUGGAGGCCCUGCGUGGAGCUGUGCAACGGAAGCGCCGGCAGCACCGGCCGUAGUGAUGGCGCUGCCCGGCCGGGACUCCCUGCUCCCCUCCCGACACUUUGUCAGACUCACUCCCUGUCCACCUGGGUGAGUCGGGCAGAGACCGUCAUCACCAACAGUUCCAGAGCCUCCGCAGCCUGGAUGGCCCUGGCCCCCUCGCGCUCUGAGGGGCUUUGCCAAGAUAUGUGCCUGGCCCUACCCAGAUAGGGCCCUGCAGCCACCAGCACCCUCUCCACAUACUUGCAGGUAGGUUGAGGGUUUUAAAAGGGCUGAGAGCCCUGUCUCCUCAGGCUGGAGGUGGUUUCCUCUUCAAGGAGAACAUUCAGAGGUGGCCAGAGGUAGACCUGGGGGCCAUUACUGACCAUAUUUGCAAAAGUGUUCAAAGCUAUGUGACCCUUUCCCUUGCUACUUUGAAUAGUUGUACAGAGUGAAAUAGAGCGGUUUAUGUAUCACAGAGGAUCAUAUAAUGUGAGAUGUUAAUGGGUUAUCUGUCGUUGCUGCCAAGAAGAGACAGGUCAUGCCAUGCUCCUGGUUGCACAUAGCAAGGACUGGUUUGAACAUCUCCCCAGGGCUACCUCACCGAGCUAGACAGCAGGUCAGUCCAAACCUCCCCUGAAGAGAAGGCCAUGUCUGCCCUGCUGGAGCCACGCUCUCCAAGCAGGGAGGCGGCCAGUUUGGCCUGGGCAGGGGUGGGGGGGUGGUGGAGGGAGUCUCUGCUACUGGAGCCCUGGCCGUGCACAGGUGAGCAGACUCCCUGGCAGUGACACAGCACCCCUGUCCCACGGUGGGGAUGGCCACCCCCAGGAUCUGAGGAGCCAGAGGCAAGUCCUAAUGGCAUAACCUCAGCAAGUUGUGACCUUGGUGAAGGCUGCCUCUUAACAAGGAACCGUCUAUUCCAGAAUUUGGUCCUGAGGGGCCUGGCAGCAGCGUCUCAUUCUGUUCCCCUAGAGGCUGUCCUUGUUUGUAGCCUCGAGGUUUGGUGCCAUCUCAGGGUUUGCUUCAGGGCCCAGACCUGUUGGGAGAACAAAGAAGCAGAGUGAAAUUAGGGCCUAGCCUCCCCAGAAUCUUUGUCGAGCACUGGUAUGCAAGGGCUCUGGCCUCCCUUGGAACUAAUGUUGACAUGGAUCCUGGAAGCUGACAGGCAGCUGCAGGAGUGACAGUGGGGUAUGGGGCAUAUGGGAGAGGACUGGGUCUUGUGGCCGAGUUCCCUGUGUCUGCUCUCACCCAGUGAUUCUUGGGCCCUGUCCUGAGCAUGGGGCUAGAGUCACAGGAGAAGAAAUGAUUGCCCUGGUAGCCUUAGAAGCCACCAUCCAGGAUGAAGCCUAUUCCUUCAGCAACAUGUGCUCUGAAGCCUAAAGUGGAGCCCGAGGGCCCUGCGGGACGGGCUUGCAGAACUGCCAGAGACCAUACCCGCGGCUGCCCUCCGCUGUGCUGUGAGUGCCCCUCAAGCCCAACAGGGUGGGGUCUGUCUCUGCCCACUCUAGGACAGUAAGGCUUUCCUUUCGCAUUCGAGCAGGGAAGGGCAGGCAGAGAGCAGGGUACGGCUGUCCUGCAACAUGGCUUCUGUCUUAGGAAGAGGAGACCAAGGGGUGAGAGAGGUGGGAGCCCUGGAGGACAGAGCCAGGCAGGCUUUCUAGCAUGUGGAAAGGGACCCCUGAGGGGCCUGUACCUUGGGCUUGGCCUGGGCAGGAAAGGCGGUGGGAGCCUUGGGCAGGUUCCUGGGCAAGGCCAGCAGCCUGCAGCAACUCCAUGGGCUGCAGCUGACCGUCAGCACUCACAUGCGGCUCCCUCACUGAGGUGGUCAGGGGCCAGCCUUGGAAGCUGUGGGGAAGAGGAGCCUCAGGGCCUGGACUCUGUUGCCAUUACUGAGUGAGCAGAGGUUUACACCAGGUGAGGCGGGUGCUAUGGUUUUCUAUUGCUGAGGGUCUCAAAUAUGGGCGUUACCCCUCACCCUAGCAGUGCAGGUCUGAGUCUCUGGCUCUUGGGCUUGAGAGGGCAGCAUCUGUGCCAGUGAUGGCGCUCAGGACUCGAAUCUGCCCGUCUACCCAGCUGUCCUACCUGAGCGAGGCAGCUGUCUUGGGCGCCCUCUCAGCAGUGGGCUCAACAGUGAAGCCCAGAGGUCUGGCUCGGUGCUCCAGGCUCAGACAGUGGGCUGCAGAGCACAGAGAGAACAAUGGUGAGCCUGGCCCAGAUGCUAGGCCCUCUGCAGACAGCACACUUCCCUGCAUGUUUGCAUCUCUGUUGAAAUCCUAACCCCCAGGUGAUGGUAUUGGGAGGUGAGUAGGUCAUGAGGGUGGAGGCCUGACCAGAGAGUAACCUUGCCCCUUCAACCAAGUGAGGACACAGCAAGAACUAGGACACCCACAAGACGACUCUUACCAGACAUGCAGUCGGCUGGUGCCUUGCUGUUGGACUUCCCAGCUUCCAGAACUGUGAGAAAUAAACGGUUCUUGUCUGUAA